GGGCUGGACCGAACGGAUGAAGAAGCCUCUCAUUUUUUGUACAUCAUUCAGGAAAGACAUUAAUAAAACUCAGUUAAUAAAAAUUAACAGUGCAGUUACUAUGCCUGUCCUAGGUCUUCAAAGGCAGAACAUUCACAUGCUUAUAAAAUAUACUACAUGGAUAUUCAUUGGGAUAGAUUCUGUCAAGCACUGGGCUUUUUUCAGUUUUUUUUUAGCAUAUUUGUUCAUCCCCCACUGAAAUUAAUUCCUGUCUACACCACUGAUUUGAAGCCCAGGUACAUUUUGUGUUUUGUGGGCUACCGUGGGUCAUUGUAGACAAAGUUCACAAGUCCAACACACUCAUUCCAUCUUCAUAGAUGCCCCAGUGCCCCAAUGUUAUUUUGCAUAGAGGUUUGGACGAGCUUAUGUGAGCCUGCUAGACUUCCAGAGCACUCGUUUCUCUAAAUGUUCCUCCUGUGGAGGAACUACCAGCCUGGAAUCACAUGCUGUUUCCUCUCCUUUUGCAAGUCCAGCGAUUAUAACAAUCUUUUCUCGCUGCUACAAUGGACUUGUUGACACAGACAGACUUUUACCACAUAUCUACUGCUCGCUUGGCAAGGUUAAUCCUUUGGGCCCAAAACCAUGUUGGCAGAUAACAUUCCUACGCCCGAGCGGUUUGCUUAAUUUCUAGUAGAAAAGGGAGCUCGAAAUGCUGCUUAAAUUAAGGUACACUUAGUUAUUUAAACUUCUGCAUUCUGUUUUAUAUACACAGAGACCAUACAGAGCGAAGCUCUAUGGGGAAUGAAUCCUUAAAACGUAUUAAUUUCAACAAUUACGAGCUUCAGGAAGUUGCAAACACAAGACAAACCACGGCAGCCUCAAAGGGUCAAAAAGCUCCUCUACCCCACCGCCGAUUCCGCGUUUCCUUACUACUUGUUGGAGGGAACUGGACGAAGACGAGGUUGAGGAGACUCGUUCUGAGUUUGAGGUCCACGCGUCCCGCAGCCUCGCUCUGGAGCUGAGCUUCGGUUUAACGGCACGUAAGACAUGGAGGAGCAAGAGAGAGAUUUGACAAAAGCAUAUGAACUUCAACAGCCUGACUUCAGAGCAGCUGAAAAUAGCAGUUUGGACAAAGGCACAAAACCCUCUGAGAGUGGGACGGAAUUGGAGCUGGCUACAAACAUAGAUACACACCUUACAGAAGAGAAUCCUGCAUCUGUUCAGAAUUCAUCCACAGGUUCACUGCGCACACAGAGUGUUGUCAUUUUUGAUCCUAAUGGACAACCUCUUCGGUGCGAAGACAUGGUCAUUGGCCAGUGUGAGAAUGGAGAGCUGUAUGUUAUUCGGUCCAACUCACUUGGAGGAACGCAAGUGUUGCUGCAUAAUGAUCAACUGCUAGAUGCUGCAGACCCAACUGCCACUUGCAUAGGGAAACCUAAUCAAGAGGACCCGCUAACCCCUGCUGAAACAGCCCUUGACAGUGGAACAAACGCUUUAUGCACAGAAGCAGCUCCUGGCUUCACAGAUGCUAAGGUUCAUGCAAAAAGUUCUCCAGAAGAAUAUGUGCCGUCACCAAAGCCUCUGACUGCAGCUGCACCGAACUGGGCAAACAGACUUCGCAGCUGUGAGGUCUGUACAGCAGAACAAAAGAAACUUGGCGACUCGUACCGAGGUUACUGUAACACAGAGACGGAGCUGGAGGCGGUGCUGCUCCUGCACAAGCAGCAGACUCACUCUGUGUUUGGCACUCGUCAGUCGCCCUCACCUGCCAAGCCUGCCACUCGUCUCAUGUGGAAGUCUCAGUAUGUGCCCUACGAUGGCAUCCCCUUCGUUAACGCCGGAAGUAGAGCCAUUGUGAUGGAGUGUCAGUUUGGACCACGGAGAAAAGGGCUCCAGCCCAAGAAAGGCAACUUACAAGAAACCUGUACAAAUAUUGAUUACAAAGCGACCUGUCCUGCCAGAAUCUAUAUUAAGAAAGUACGGAAAUUCCCUGAGUACAAGGUUCCAGUUGACCCCAAAGUGGACAAGAAGGUUGUACGGCAAGAGCAGGAGAAAGCCUUCUUCAACCUAAAGAAGAAACUGUGGAACACUGGAGGUGUCAUACGGUAUUACAUUCAGCUCCCUACCCAAAAAGCCCACCUGUACCAUGAUGUAGACACAAUUAUCCUACCCCCACUCCCUGAGCAGCCUGAUCUUAUGAAGGAGGAGACUGAGGAGGAAGAACAGGAGAUGAUUGGAAGUGAGGGUGCGGAAGAGGAGGAAGAUGGAGAGGCACAGGGUGGUGGUCCUGUUCCAUCUCGCCUGCACCCUCUAGUGGCAGAGAAGAUCCGUGUGCUGGUUGCACAAGGGUGCAGCCAGGUCUAUGCUGUCCGCAAGCAGCUGAGGAGGUUUGUGGAGCGUGAGAUGUUCAAGUCGAAUGUGGUACCAGAGAGACACAAUUUGUGCUACUUCCCCACUGUCAAUGACAUCAAGAAUCAUAUCCACGAGGCCCAGAAGUCCCUGCAGCUGACAGAUGGUGUGCCUGCCUCUCCGGACGCUGAGUGGAAGACAGAGAGUGAGCACCUCCUUACAGAGACUGUGACCCUGACACUCACGCCAGCUUCUAUUAAUGUGAGCUCUCAGAAGGAAGGGCUCUUAGAAGGAAGCCACACUCUCUCUCCUGAAGCUGUUCACUUCUUCAGCUCUCUCACGUCCCUUCAGCCCAAGAUAUUUGCACAUUUGCAGUCUACCCCCACAGUAGGGGAGGCUGUGUCCCUGCCUGAGCCCCCUGCCCUGGUUGGGAUAGGACAACUGGUGAGCAUCUCCACCAUGGAGCCUGGGACCACCGAGGCUGGUGUGACACAGAUCCUACUGGAAGACGGACAGGCAAUUCCAGUGCAGAUUGUGGACCCAUCAGGCAUAGCGCUGAGAGCCUCGGCAGAGGAAGUUCUGAUGAGAGAGAGCAGCGAGACGAAGCCCAUGGACAUUUCACCAGAGCCACUCAGAGACCAAGGCUAGCGUGGCCCCGAGUCACGGGCCAGGGCCCGCUGUUCUUUACAAUGACACUGAGGACUGAAUCACUGAGUGUGUUACUGACUGAACAUGGCACUCUAUGCAAUAUUUCUGUAUGUUUUUAUUUUCCUGUUACAUUUGAAUGCUUUAUUAAUUUAUUGAGUAAUGUGGUGGAAGAAGCAGUUGUGCAUUAAAUGCUGAAAUGGAUGAAUGAGGCACAUAUGACGCACAUCCUUCAUCCUUUCCUUCUUGAUCUCUAUCUGAAAUGACUGUGCAGAUUUACUUACAAUGGUAGCGCUUUUCCGAUUCAGCACACGAUCCGAAGUGAUCGCGUCAAGUGUCUCGAGCCUGUAGUUGAUUACUAAGUCAAUAUGCUAGGUCUAAUGUCUACGUCAGUUGAAGUCUGUCUUCAGUUUACUAUUAGUCUGCACAUUUUCACUUCAUUGAAGGGCUGAAAUUUUUAAGAUGAAGACGAGAACACGGUUCCAAAGGGAUAAACCAAUUCUUCCAGACAGAAAGGGUGAAUGCCAAGUCCCUGAGAUUUCAGUGGAGAUGACAUUUAUUAUCAGCUGCAGAAUAGACACCCACAAUAACAAAAGGAACGAGGAAACCAGGACUGAGAACGCAGAGGUGAUUAAUCACUGCCGAUUCAGUAAUUGAAAGCGCA